AUGCAGUUAGAUGCUCUACAAAAGGAAGUGAUAGCUUCAAUAGAUAAUCCGCAGACAAUUUCACAGUACUUAAAAAAUGGUGGAAAUAUUCAAUUAAAUGCAGAUAUUACUGGAAAACUCCGUAGUAAUGGAGAUUCUGGAUCUGAUUUAAAUCGAAAUGCUAAUGCAGGCAAACGACGUGGGCGUCAUGAUGAUAAUACCGAUUCGAUGAAUAAACGAACACGAACAGAAGUGAGAAAUACCGCUCCUGUAGCCAAUUCACCCAGUACUUCUGAAGUUGAAGGAUUACAUGAUACUCUUCCAUUAGAAACAGCUUUUCUCACUUUCUUGGAGAUUAUCACACCAACUUCAAGAGAGCGUAGAGAUACAGAGCAGGUUUUACAAGAUUUGGGAUCUUCUCUUUUUCGUUUGGGAUGGCGAGUGGAUUUGUUUGGUAGUUGGUAUACAGGUCUCUGCAUUCCAAGUAGUGAUGUGGACUUUGUGGCCUCCCCACUUUCACCCACGGGAGGAGGAAACAAUACAACUCAACGUGGAAGUGGCAUGCAAAGAAAAGGCGUUCAUAAUAAUAAUAAUAAUAAUUACUCGGAUGGGAAUUUAAUGUUACAACUUAUUGCCCAAGGAGGUGAUAACUCCUCUGUAGCGAGGCGAGAACGGAGAAGAAUAUAUUCGGGUUUACUCCGUUCCGUAGCGAAUGCUUUACGUUUUUCUCCCUCCUUUCACAGUAUUCAACAAAUUGCACAUGCUAAAGUUCCUAUUGUGAAGGCUCAACACUGUGGAGGAAAGAAAAUUGAUGUUUCCUUUUUAAAGGAUGGUCAAAUAAGUUCACGAUUUCUUUGUCAAGAGUUUUUAAAGCCGCAGUUUCGGCUUGCCCGUGGUCUUACUAUAUUAGUAAAGGCACUAGUGGCAAACUGGAGAUUGGAUGAUCCAAGUGUUGGUGGUCUCGGCUCUUUUCCCACAUCCGUGAUGGUAUUAUGGUUUUUACAUGCAGAAGUUGCUGAUCAUUAUCCACCAGAGUGUAGAGACAGUUAUGCUGUCUGUCUGGUUGGGUUUCUUAAAUACUACAGUAUGCAGUUUGAUCAUAAACGAAGAGGUAUAGAUUAUGCUAACAAGCGUAUCUUCGAUAAACCCCCUUCAUCUGAAUUAUGUGUGAUGAAUCCAUUAAUGCCUCAUGCGAAUUGUUCUGUUGCCGCUUCUCUCUUCUCUUCUCGUGUGGUGCCAAAGUUUCGCGAGACGUAUGAGAGAUUAUCACAAUUACUGGAAUACACCACAGAUACAUCUACAGUAGAGAAGGUAGUGUUGAGUGUAUUCAGUCGAUCUAUUAAUGCGGUGGGCGGUAGUGGAGUUUGGCGGCAACUGUACAGGCGUAAACGUGCAAAGGUGCGGGAACCUCAACAUUUGUGGGAUGAGCGAACCUGCAUAUAUGCAGGAGAUCCUAUUGGAAGUUGA